GUGAUGGGUUUGCAUUUGUUUUCCCCCAGCCCAACCUCUCUCUCUCUCUCUAUAUUCAAUUAUGUGUACAGUAUACAAUAGUCUGGUGUGUAUAUAUUUUAAUUUAAAAAAAAAAUGAUUUUCAUAGCCUUUGGUCUUAGUAAGAUUAAAUAAUAGUCGUAGUAGUACUUCUUACAUAACUAACGUUAACCGUAGACUACCUGCGUUAUGUGGUUUUUCUAGAAAGCUCAAACGCAGCAAAGCACGGGCAGAGAGAGAGAUAAAGAAACGACCUUUUUAACAGUUGAGUCGUCGUAUCCCCAGUAUAUAUUUCUACUAGUCUUCUCUCUUCUUUUUUUCUCUACUCCCAACAAAAUUAUAAAUACUGAAGAAAGAAAGACUUGUUAAGUCAGUGAGCUUAGGAGUUGAAAACCCGGCGAGGAGAAACAGAUUUGUUCUGUGUCAUCAUCGGACUGUUUUCAUUGUUGUUUACUACGGUGGCAUCUCAGAGAAGAUGAGUGAGGGGGGAAAUGGCCCAAAUGGGAAUGAAGGGGCGGGCUUCGUGAGGGCUGACCAGAUAGAUCUGAAGAGCAUAGAUGAGCAACUCCAGAGGCAUCUCAGCCGGGCUUGGACUAUGGAGAAGCAGAAGAAGAAUAACAACAACAAUAAUAUUCAUAAUUACAGUAAGGAUGAUGAUGAUAUUAAUUACGGCGGCGGUGGUGCCGUUGUUGGUGGUGGCGGUGGCCACAGGGACAUUCCGAUCAGGUUCGAUUGGGAAAUUGACCCCGCCAAGCUCAUAAUUAAGUCCGUCAUUGCUCGCGGCACCUUCGGCACCGUUCACCGUGGUAUCUACGAUGGCCUCGACGUCGCAGUGAAACUUCUUGACUGGGGAGAAGAGGGUCAAAGAAGUGAGGCUGAAAUAGCUUCCCUCAGGUCAGCCUUCACUCAAGAAGUCUCUGUUUGGCACAAGCUCGAUCAUCCUAAUGUAACAAAGUUUAUAGGAGCCACCAUGGGCACAUCAGAGCUUAACAUACAAACAGAUAACGGCCACAUUGGAAUGCCUCGAAACAUGUGUUGCGUCGUUGUUGAAUAUCUUCCUGGGGGAACACUGAAAUCAUACCUCAUCAAGAAUCGUAGAAGGAAGUUGGCUUUCAAAGUUGUCAUCCAACUGGCAUUGGAUCUUGCACGAGGGUUGAACUAUCUCCACACCAAAAAGAUUGUCCACAGAGAUGUGAAAACAGAAAAUAUGCUUCUGGACAAGACCCGCACUGUGAAAAUAGCAGACUUUGGGGUUGCUCGAGUUGAGGCCUCAAAUCCUAAUGACAUGACUGGAGAGACUGGAACUCUUGGAUACAUGGCACCUGAGGUUCUCAAUGGCAACCCAUAUAAUAGAAAAUGCGAUGUAUAUAGUUUUGGCAUUUGCCUCUGGGAGAUAUACUGCUGUGAUAUGCCUUAUCCGGAUCUGAGCUUCUCAGAAGUUACUUCUGCUGUUGUACGUCAGGUAUAUGGUUUCUUCUUACUAGCCUUCAAGUCCACAAUUUGUUUCAACAUAGUACAUGUUGCAUAGGGAUGUCCUCCGCGAUCUGUAACAUACAAUUCUUUCCAUUUCAACAGUCAAUUGUAACGGUGAAUAGCCUGCAUAUAUUUCACUCUUCUUUGGAAAAUCCUGUGCGCUAGAUGUUCACUUUCAGUAAAGAUAUUUGCAACACUGUGUCUAUUCUCGAGUAUUGUAUCCCCAAACAUGUGCCUUUAUCUAUUGCAAUCACCAUGGACGUGAUUGAAAUUUGUUUCAUGGUUUGAAUACUCAUAUUACCAUUAUUUACGCAGAAUCUAAGGCCCGAGAUACCCCGAUGCUGCCCUAGCUCUUUUGCAAAUGUGAUGAAACGAUGUUGGGAUGCAAACCCUGACAAGCGGCCCGAGAUGGAUGAAGCAGUUGCCAUGUUGGAGGCCAUUGACACAUCAAAGGGUGGCGGAAUGAUUCCUGUUGACCAGCAGCAAGGUUGUUUAUGCUUCCGCAAAAAGCGCGGGCCUUAAGAUGUGUCACUCCAAUUAUGAGAGCUUUUGAAUACUAAAAAAUAUAGUGUCAUGAGUUUUAGGCUGUAACUAAGAUUGAGAAACAUCACAUUGAAGACGAAGUUUCAUUUCAAGUGUUGCGGACUUUUAAGAAUUCUUCCUUUGGUCCUUUGAUGAUGAAGCAAGCCGGCAACAAUCUAUGUCGAGACCGGAUGAUGCAGAGCAUGCGGUAUAUUCAUCUUUGGAUCAAUGUCACUGGUUUUGGUUAUACAGGUGGUGGUCCUCACAUUGACCAUCUAGUUUACCUUCACGAGAUUCCUAAUUUAUUAGGAAAAGUUGAGUAGAGCUCUGCUUUGUGUAGAAAUUAAAUGCCAAGUUAUUGGUUUGACAGAUGCUGUGAAUAACAAGCUAUUAUGGGCAAUAUUUUUCUGUGGCUCAGCUGUGUUGUGUUUUUGUAAGAUUCUUAAUGCCGCUAGUGUUUCUGGGAAAUUAGUUUUCCUGUAACCUCUGAAGAUGAAAGUUUCCAUUUGAGUCUCCUUUCAACUGGAAAAACUCUUCUGUAUAAUGAAUCACGUUAUGCAACAUAUUGGUCUGAGAGAUUUACUAAAUGAUCUUUCUGUACGGAAAAUUGUCUGCUAAACUAUUUUCAGCUUCAUUCCUUUUGAAAAAUGGAAAGAAUAAAAAGCGCUUCUUUUAAU